AUUCUGCAGGUGUUGCCCCUCUGUCAGUAAAGGGCACCAAGUGGCUACCUCAAAAUGAGAAAGCUCUUGGGUGCUGGCACCUUUCUCCUUCUCCUGCUCCUUCAUCAUAAGAUCUAUGAAAACAGAGAGGGCCAACCAUGUAAGAGAUGUUUCUAGGGCUGCAAACAAAACCUACAGGAGGAAGAGAAUCUACAAGAAGAAAUGGAAGAAGCUGCCAAAAAACCCAACAUAUGAGAAUAUGGUAUCAAGUUUUCGGGUAUCUGAACUACAAGUGCUAUUGGGCUUUGCAGGGCGUAAUAAGAGUGGACGGAAACAUGACCUCCUGAUGAGGGCACUGCACUUGCUGAAGAGUGGCUGCAGCCCAGCAGUUCAGCUUAAAAUCCGAGAACUCUACAGGCGUCGGUACCCGAGGACAAUUGAAAGUCUGACUGACUUGUCGGCACUAAAAACUUCAGUUUUCAACUUGGACAGUAGUUCUUCACCAGUAGAACCCGACUUGGCCGUUGCUGGAAUCCAUCCGCUACCUUCGACUUCGGUCACCCCUCAGUCCCCUUCAUCACCUGUUGGUUCUGUCCUCCUUCAAGACACUAAACCUCACUUUGAGAUGCAGCAGCCGUCACCUCCAGCUCCACCUGUCCAUCCUGACGUUCAGCUAAAAACCCUCCCUUUUUAUGAUGUGCUUGAUGUUCUCAUCAAACCUACAAGUUUGGUACAGAGCAGUAUUCAGAGGUUCCAAGAAAAGUUUUUUAUCUUUGCUCUAACACCUCAGCAGGUCAGAGAAAUCUGCAUUUCCAGAGACUUUCUGCCUGGGGGCCGGAGGGAUUACACUGUCCAAGUUCAGCUGAGGUUGUGUCUAGCAGAGACUAGCUGCCCUCAAGAAGAUAACUAUCCCAAUAGUUUGUGCAUUAAAGUAAAUGGAAAGUUGUUUCCAUUGCCGGGAUAUGCUCCACCACCCAAGAAUGGGAUUGAACAGAAGCGACCUGGGCGGCCAUUGAAUAUUACAUCUCUAGUUCGCUUAUCAUCAGCAGUGCCAAAUCAGAUUUCCAUUUCUUGGGCAUCUGAAAUUGGAAAGAACUACUCUAUGUCUGUAUACCUUGUUCGUCAGCUUACGUCAGCCAUGCUGUUGCAGAGGUUAAAAAUGAAAGGUAUCAGAAACCCAGAUCAUUCCAGAGCACUAAUUAAAGAAAAACUUACUGCAGAUCCUGAUAGUGAAAUUGCCACAACCAGUCUGCGGGUAUCUCUAAUGUGUCCUCUGGGAAAGAUGAGAUUGACAAUCCCAUGUCGUGCUGUGACCUGCACACAUCUGCAGUGUUUUGAUGCCGCUCUUUAUCUACAAAUGAAUGAGAAGAAACCCACCUGGAUUUGUCCUGUUUGUGAUAAAAAGGCAGCUUACGAGAGUCUGAUAUUAGAUGGGCUCUUUAUGGAAAUACUUAAUGAAUGCUCUGAUGUGGAUGAGAUUAAAUUCCAAGAGGAUGGUUCUUGGUGCCCUAUGAGGCCUAAGAAGGAAGCUCUGAAAGUAUCCAGUCCACCGUGCACCAAAAUAGAAAGUUCCAGCGUUGUCAGCAAACCAUGUUCUCUGACCAUGGCCAAUGAGACAAAUAAGAAGAAAGUUGAUGUUAUUGACUUGACGAUAGAAAGCUCUUCCGAUGAAGAGGAAGAUCCUCCUGCCAAAAGGAAGUGCAUAUUUAUGUCUGAAACGCAAGGAAGCCCGACCAAAGGGGUUCUCAUGUAUCAACCAUCUACUGUAAGAGUGCCCAGUGUGACAACGGUUGACCCUGCUGCUAUUCCUCCAUCAUUAACAGACUACUCAGUACCAUUCCACCACCCACCAAUAUCAAGUAUUUCAUCAGACUUGCCAGGUCUGGAUUUUCUUUCACUAAUUCCAGUCGAUCCACAGCAGUACUGUGCUCCUAUGUUUUUGGAUAGUCUCACCUCAACAUUAACAAGCAACACCCCUGGCAGCAUCAUCACCUCAACCAGCCACCACGAGAGCAGCACUCACGUUAGUUCUUCAAGCAGGAACGAGACUGGAGUCAUAACUAGUAGCGGAAGCAGCAUUCCCGACAUCAUCUCAUUAGACUGAAACCCUGGGCAGCAAGAAACUGGAGGAGCAAUUGCACAGAGCUGCUCACCAUAACCGAGACACGCAACUUCAGCAUCUCGGAAGUUAUUUUGAUAUUUAUUGAAAGACGGAUGGAUUCUGUUGCUUUCUGAAAGUGGAGAUUAAAUUAACUACAGUGACAAUAGGAACUGAAGUGAUUAGACUCUUUUUUUUUUGUUUUGUUUUUUUCCCUCCGCUCGGAAGAAAAACUUGGAAUAAAAAGAGACCCAUUCAGAACAGGCCCACUACCCUGUCCAGCUUGUUCUGGGGAAACGCUUGGUUUUGUUGCCAGAUGGAUUCCACAAGUGGUUUUGUAUUUUUGUUGUAAUACACAGCAAUAAUGUAAAAAGAAAAAGAAAACUUUUUUUUUUUUUUUAAAUAAUGGCACUUAACUGCUCUAGGAUGACAAGAGCAUAUAUUUAUCCCGGAUACAAGAACAAGGUGCAGAAGUAUGCGUUGCUGAACUUUUAAUCCUUUCACUGGGGCCUGUAAUAAACUUCAUUUGAGAGAAUGAAGCUUUGUGAAAUAGCCAUGACUUGUGUUUAUAUUUGUUUAGGUUGUUCCCUACCUCCUCCUUACCCUGGAAAAUACUUCCGUGAAUUGUUUGAUGGGUUUUUUCCUCCUGACUUCAUGUUGUUCACUUAUGAAUGCAAACAAAAUCCUAAACUGUGACUACUUCCUCUUCCUAGCAGACUUUUAGAGAAAAAGAAAACUAUGCAAAUCCUGUAUCAUCCACAUACCUCUGUGCGUUGUCAAUUCAUAGUGUAAAAGCAUUACUGUGCAGAGCCUGGCUGUAGACCUUAAUUUCUGGUUAGACCUCUUGUAUCAAGUGAAACACAAGUGCUUGUUCAAACAACUAACUCCUUUUCUUUCUAAAACUACCUAACCAGAACAGAUAGUCAAAUUGAGCCACAAGCCUUUCUGUGCAGCUCUUACAGCUGCCAAGAAACUACUUAAUUUUUUUAUCCCAUUCUUUGUCCAGUGGAGGAUCAUUCUUGAGCCUGUAUGUUGCCCAAGGUUGACUUUAUUGGUGUGCUUAAAUGACUAAUGAGCCUUCCCUUUUUUAGGGUUGCCGCAUGGUUUCCCAUGCUGUGGGAAAGUAAUUGUUGUCUGUCUAUUGCUGUGUUGCUAGUUGUCCACAGACUCCUGUAAUUGCAUCCUCAAAUGAUUGUAGGCACUUACUGUCCCUGCACAACCAAAAACAAUAUGAGAUCUCAUCUCAUAUAUAUAUAUAUAUAUAUGAGAUCUAAUUGUACAUACUCCUAGUAGUUUGGCUGGCCCACCUAAGGAUUUGCUGAUUAGAUUUGAAACGAACCCUUUUCCAUCCCUUCCCCCGUAAGUUGUUUUCUUUGUUUUCCCUCUGCUGCUUCAUUUGUGUAGCUGCCAGAAGUGUACACAGUAUUCGCACUGCUGCAUGCAGAUGUCAUGAGACCAGGAAAGGAAUGAGGAAGUGCUUUUGCUUCAGAAUUGGAAUCACGUUAUUGCUGUAUCUUCUGCAUAUCUUGACAUGACCACUUUGCCAAGUGUUGUGCUUCACAAGUAUCUAUUUAAAAUUCGUCAGGUAGUGACCAGUUUUCACUCAUCACUUUAAUCUUGCUUCGUUUCCUGCCUUUUCCCCAACUUUGUCUUUUCACUAAGUGGGGGAGAUGCUUGCCUUCCACAGUUGUAGGCAUAUGCAUGGCAGUUAUCAUGGUAUCUGAACCAAGUAUGCAGAGAAGGCUCAUUGUAGAGCCCUCUGCCAAUCCUCCUCCAUGUUCUCUGCAUCGCUGAGCCUUUUUUAUUUGUAUGAUCUUCUAGCUCUUGUUCAGCUUGUCUUAAUAGAGCAGCUACUAUUUUCCCCCGCUUUGUCUUCUAGUUUUGUACCUAUCAGUGAUCAAGCUUUUCCCCCCCCCCCCUCCCCCUGGCAUGAUUUAUGCUUAAUAAAGCCAUACUGCUUGU